AUGUCGGUUAAAGAUGAACAAUUACAAGAAAUUGAAGCACUGGCUUCAAUCUAUCCUGAUGAAAUUACAGUACUAUCAGAGGAUCCUUAUCCUAAAUUCAAACUUAUAAUAAAACCAACAACAAAUGAUGAAGAUGAACUUAGACCCUUUCUUCUACUGGAAGUUAAAUUUCAUGCUAAUUAUCCUGAACAAUCACCAGAAAUAAACAUUAUCGAUUCAGCUAAUGUCGAUGAUACAUCAUCAUUUGAAAGUGAAAUAAAUAAAAUUUGUGAAGAAAAUUUAGGUAUGCCGGUUAUAUUUACAUUGGCUAGUCAUCUUUCUGAACAAUUGAGUAUUCAAUCUGAAAAUCGUCAAAUUCGUCAUCUAGAAAAUCUUGAACGUAAACAACGUGAAGAAGAAGAAGCUGAACAAAAACGAUUUGAAGGUACAUGUGUUACUGUUGAAUCAUUUAUUAAAUGGAAAGUUAAAUUUGAUGCUGAACGAAAUGAAUUAACAAAAACAAUUAAAAUUGAUGAUAAUGAAAUAAAAAAAUUAACAGGUCGACAAUUAUUUGAAAAAGAUCGUUCACUUUAUGAUUCAGAUAUUAAAUUUGUAUCGGGUGAAGGUGGUGAAGUGGUCGAAGUUGAUGAAUCGUUAUUUGAAGAUAUGCUCGAUUUAGAUUUAGAUGAUGCAGCUACAACUGGUAUUGAUUUAUCGGAUGUUGAUCAAUAA